AUGGCCCUGUUUGCAGAGCAGGCCUGUGACCUUGUGAAAUACGACGCCAUUUCACUCUUCAGAGCUUGUCUCAGGGACUGGAAAAUACUGGAAAGCAAGAACACAAUGGUGACUAAGCGCUCCCCACAGCUGCGGGCAGGAGAUGACAUUGGAACAAACUGCAGCUUAUGCAGAACAAAGCGAAAUCUCCUGUGUGACAGCCCCCAACAGCCCAGGGGCCACACAAUGACCGCUGUGGGAGAGUCUCCGGUUGGAACCACUGCCGUCAUUGAAAGUGACUGGCUACCCCCUGAACUCUCCCCGGUAACAAGAAGAGGAGAAGGAGUUUUCCUGCUGUCCCAGUUACUGAAGGUCACUGAAAUGAUGAAUCCUGGCCGAUUUAGUGCUUUUACAAAUCGAGAUCAUAUGAAAGAUUUCCGAAGGUACCUGGCAUUCAAAUAUAUCCAGUAUCUAGUCCUACCUUCUACAAACAUCAUCGUCACUCUGUUGGGGCUGUUUGCCAGUCUGUAUGUCACAUUGAUACUGAUGUCACCUGCCGUAUCCAGAAAGUCCACUGCAGUGUUUAUUUCUAACAUAGCUCAGGCAGACAUGUUAGUUGUUGGAAGCAUCUUUUCUGCCAUGAUUCAACAUGUGGUAAAGAGUAACGUAUUACUGUCUUCCUUUCAGUCAACUUUAAGGCAGAAUUUCCAGAUUGCAAAUAUACAUAUCAGUUCACUUUUACUCAGCUGCGUAAGCCUCGAGGCCUUUCUGAUCACUUUCCUUCCAGCAGAAACACGCCACAUAAGAACAGUUAGAAGUGCCAGGGUGGUUUCUAAGAUAAUCUGGAUUACUGUAAUUACUGAGUGUUUUUUUUAUCAGAUGGAGUGCAUCAAAGAACUUGGCAUCUCUUCUCUUGGCAUUGAUAAGAAUAUUAUGUUGUUGUUAAAUUUCUGUUUUGGAGCCACAAAGCUACUGAAAUCAUUCAUUUACCCAAUUGGACUACUUUUAAGGAUCUUUAAUGUGUAUCUUUUUUAUAAAAUAUAUUUCAGUGCUUUACCUCGAAACAGUCUGUAAUAGUUGAUUGUAUAUAUCAGCUUGACUACACUAUGGUGCCCAGUUCUUUAGUCAGACACUAAUUUAGAUGUUGCUAUGAAGAUAUUUUGCAGAUGCGUUAUGCAUAUAUGAUUAGCUGCCUUUAAGUGAAAGAAAUCACCCUUAAUAAUAUUGGUGGGCCUCAUCUAAUCAGUCGAAGCUCUUAUGGAAAAACAACUGAGGUUUCACAGUUAAGAAGAAAUUCUGCCUCAAGACUGGUAACAUAGAAAUCUUGUUUGAAUUUCCACGCGGGUCAUCUGCCUUACAGAUUUUAGAAUCAAGACUCCAUCACCAAUUCUUGUCUGAAACUUCUGUCUGCUUUACAAAAUUUGGACUUUCUAGACCCCACAAUCAUGUGAGUCAGUUACUUAAAGAAUAAACAUGAAAAAAUACAUAUCCUAUUGGUUUUGUUUCUCUGGAGAACCCUGACCAAUACUGAUUUUUUUACUGAGUCAUUCUGGAACAGAAAAGUGAGGACUGACAACCAAGACUACUUUACCCAAAAAGGGUAUCAUUUAAAUUACAGGAGAAAGAACUUACCAAACAAGCAUAACGUAAGUGAAUUUAUUGUCUCUAAACUACUCUUACAGCAAAUGUUAAAGUGACUCAUUCAAGAAGAAGAAAGAAAGAAAAGAGAGGAACAUAGGUAUAAAUAACAAAAUGGCACCCUGGCUGGUGUAGGUCAGUGGAUUGAGCGUGGGCCUGUGAACUAAGGGAUCACAGUUUGAUUCCCAGUCAGGGCACAUGCUUGGGUUGCAGGCCAGUUCCCAACAGGGGACCCAUGAGAGGCAACCAUACAUUGAUAUUUCUCUCCCUCUCUCCUUCC